AUGAGAAUUAUCGAGGUUAUCAUAGAUGGGUUUAAAUCCUAUGCGGUACGAACGGUCAUAUCUGGGUGGGAUGAGUCCUUUAAUUCUAUUACUGGCCUUAACGGCAGUGGUAAAUCCAACAUUCUCGACAGCAUAUGCUUUGUCCUUGGAAUCACCAAUAUGAGCACCGUUCGAGCUCAGAACUUACAAGAUCUUAUAUAUAAGCGAGGUCAGGCGGGAGUUACCAAAGCCAGCGUCACAAUUGUUUUUGAUAACCGCGAUAAGUCGAUAUCACCGAUCGGAUUCGAAGAAUAUGCGACGAUUUCAGUCACACGACAAAUUGUCCUAGGUGGAACAAGCAAGUACUUGAUCAAUGGUCACCGCGCGCAGCAACAAACCGUGCAGAACCUAUUCCAAAGCGUACAGCUGAAUAUAAAUAACCCGAACUUUCUGAUUAUGCAGGGUCGCAUAACAAAAGUUUUGAAUAUGAAACCUGUUGAGAUCUUAGCUAUGAUCGAAGAAGCUGCUGGAACUAGAAUGUUUGAGGACAGGAAGGAAAAAGCAGCAAAAACAAUGGCUAAGAAAGAGAUGAAAGUCCGGGAGAUUGAGGGGCUGUUGCAAGAGGAAAUUGAACCUAAGCUGGAAAAGUUAAGGGGGGAGAAGAGAGCGUUCCUUGACUUUCAGCAGACCCAGGGUGACCUUGAACGAUUGACGAGGCUUGUUGUUGCCCAUGAUUAUCUCAAACACGGUGAUCGCUUACGUCAAUGUGCAGAAGAAGUCGAGAAAAGAAAAAGGAAGGUUGAAGAUUUGGAGGCCAAUGCUAUCCGGUUGAAAGGGGAAAUUGCAAACCUGGAAGAAGACGUCAAAAAGGUCAAAGAGGCCAGAGAUAAAGAAUUGAGAAAGGGUGGGAAAUUCCAGGCGUUGGAAGAUAAAGUGAAGAGCUACUCACAUGAGAUGGUUCGACUGUCAACAUCGAUUGACUUGAAAAAGUCUAGUAUGAGUGAAGAAUCGAACAAGAGAGAAACGGCAGAGAAAGCUCUCACUGAAGUGCAAGCCAAUUUAAAGGAUAAAAAAAAGGUAUAUGACAAGCUCCAGGCGCAAUACGAUAAAGCCAAGGCGGAUCUCGAUGUUCAAACGGCUGAAGUGGAGCAAAAGGAGGAGCUUUUGCAAACACUACAGACGGGUGUUGCAUCAAAAGAGGGUCAUGGUAAUGGCUAUCAAGGGCAGCUUCAAGAUGCUAGGAAUCGUGCCAGUGCUGCUGCAACGGAACAAGAACAAGCGAAGCUUAAGAUUUCCCAUUUGGAAAAGCGGAUCAAAGAAGAAGAGCCACGGGCAAAAAAGGCUGUAGAGCAGAAUAAAGGGCUGCUGAAGGACCUUGAAUCCCUGAAGAAACAAGCCCAAAAAUUGGAAUCAGAGCUUACAAAACAAGGGUUUGAGCCUGGGAAGGAAGAGAGGAUGUAUGAGGAAGAGUCAAACCUUCAGAAGGCCAUACGCGAUCUUCGAAGUGAGGCCGAUGGUUUAAAACGAAGAGUUGCAAACAUUGACUUCAACUAUUCCGAUCCUUACCCUGACUUUGAUAGGUCUAAAGUCAAAGGUCUCGUCGCCCAGCUUUUCACCCUUGAUAAAAAUCACUCUGAAGCAGCAACUGCUCUUGAAAUUUGUGCCGGAGGCCGUCUCUACAAUGUUGUUGUUGACACUGCGGAAACCGGAACAGCACUUUUACAGAAUGGCAAACUCCGAAAACGAGUUACAAUCAUCCCCCUCAACAAGAUCUCCGCAUUCCAGGCAUCGGCUGAAAAAAUAGGGGCGGCAACCGAUUUGGCUCCUGGAAAGGUAGAUCUUGCAUUGUCCCUCAUAGGAUACGAUGAGGAGAUUACAGCGGCCAUGAAAUAUGUUUUUGGGUCGACGCUGAUCUGUCAUGACGCAGCGACUGCUAAGAAAGUCACCUUUGACCCUUCUGUUCGUAUGAAGAGUGUGACUCUUGAGGGAGAUGUCUACGAUCCUUCUGGAACCUUGUCUGGAGGCAGUGCACCCAAUUCAAGUGGCGUUCUCCUUAUAUUGCAAAAGUUGAAUGGUAUUAUGAUGGAGUUGAAAUCCAAGGAGAGAGCCCUUCAUAUAUUGCAAGACACCAUGGCCAGGGAAAAGAAGAAGAUGGACCUUGCACAUUCAACAAAACAGGAGCUCGAUCUUAAACUUCACGAAGUCAAAUUGACUGAGGAGCAGAUAAAUGGAAAUUCGUCAUCAUCUAUUAUUCAUGCUGUAGAGGAAAUGCGGGAGAAUAUAACACAGCUCAAAAAUGAUAUCAUAGAUGCCAAAAAUCGUCACACUGAAGCCUCCAAGGAUAUCAAGCGGAUUGAGAAAGACAUGAGCGAGUUUAGCAACAAUAAGGACAGCAAACUUGCAGAACUUGAGUCUUCACUUGAGUCACUGAAGAAAGGUCUCAGCAAAAACUCCGUUGCUGUAAAAACUCUACAGAAGGAGCUCCAAGCGUCACGGUUGGAGUCUGAACAGGCUGGUAGCGAUUUGACAACAGCCGAGGAGCAGCUAGCGGAAGCUGACCAAAUCUUGAAGGCUCAGAUGGAGGAGGUUGAGGAGAUGGUUAAGGAACAAGCACGAGUUAAGGAAAAACACGAUAUCGCUCUAGCCCACCUUGAAGAUGAGCAGGCUCAACUUACUAGGUUUGACGACGAGCUGAGAGACCUAGAUGAGGCUAAGCAAUCUAAAGCUGCACAGAUAACAGAAGAAGCUUUAGAACUGCAAAAGCUCGGCCACAAACUUGAAAAAGUCUACAAGGAUCAGCAAAGUGCCGCUCAGCUUGUGACGAACAUGGAGAACGAAUAUGAGUGGAUCGCCGAGGAGAGAGAUAAUUUUGGCCGUCCCAAUACGCCAUAUGACUUCAAGAACCAAAACAUUGCUGAAUGCAAAGCUUCCCUGCGCAAUGUAACAGAACGAUUCCAAGGAAUGAAAAAAAAGAUAAACCCGAAGGUUAUGAAUAUGAUCGACAGUGUUGAGAAGAAGGAAGCUUCGCUCAAGAAUAUGAUGAAAACAGUCAUCAGAGACAAGAGAAAGAUCGAAGAGACAAUUAUCAGUUUAGAUGAAUAUAAAAAGGAGGCUCUGCAGAAGACCUGGUCCAAGGUCACAGCAGACUUUGGCCAGAUAUUCUCAGAACUCCUCCCUGGCAGUUUUGCCAAGCUUGAUCCUCCUGAAGGGAAGGAGAUAAGCGACGGUCUCGAAGUCAAGGUCAGUUUGGGUAAGGUAUGGAAGCAGAGCUUAACGGAGCUCAGUGGUGGCCAACGGUCACUCAUUGCACUGUCACUUAUCAUGGCACUUUUGCAAUUCAAGCCAGCACCAAUGUAUAUUCUGGAUGAAGUUGACGCUGCCUUGGACUUAUCCCACACCCAGAAUAUUGGCCGGUUGAUCAAAACACGUUUCAAGGGCUCACAGUUCAUCGUUGUCAGUCUGAAGGACGGUAUGUUCCAAAAUGCCAACCGAAUAUUUAGGACCAGAUUUAGCGAAGGUACCAGUAUGGUACAGGCAUUAACCCCGGCAGACUUAAAGUAA